UCACCGGUGCCGGGUGUCUUCCCCACGUGCGUAGUGAACUCAGGGCAUCAUGAUUUAGAGAUGGGGGCUCGCGUGACCCGCGCCUUCAGGAACUUCAACGUGGAGGAGCGAGCGGAGCGGGAGAUCAGCAAGAGGAAGCCCUCCGUGGCACCCAAGCACCCUUCCACCCGCGGCCUCCUGCAGGAGCACCUGAGUCAGUAUCCAGAAAUCGAAGAAGUUGUUUCUAGAAAGGAUAACAAGCUGCUGUCAUUGCUAAGAGAUGUAUAUGUCGAUUCCAAAGAUCCGGUGCCUGCCUUGCCGGUAAAAGUUGAACCACGACAAGAACCAAAGGAAUUCAGACGGCCGAUUGGAGAUCACUUUGAUAAGAAUAUCAUGGACAUUCCCAAAGGCAAGAUUACUGUUAUAGAGGCAUUGACCCUUCUCAAUAACCAUAAACUCUCUCCAGAAACAUGGACUGCUGAGAAAAUUGCCCAAGAAUACCAUUUAGAACUGAAGGAUGUAAAUUCUCUUCUCAAAUAUUUUGUUACUUUUGAAGUCAAAGUCUUACCUCCAGAAGACAGGAAAGCAAUACAAUCAAAAUGAAGAAAAUCACGAGACAACUUCCCAUGUAUGUGCUCCCGAGCUCCGAGCCCUUGUUUUUCGUGUAUUAAAUUAUACAAGUUACUGUGAGUUGAGGGCCAUAACGUUGAAAGCUCUUUGACCUCUUUAGGAUUGUUCAUAUAAUUUUUUUUAAAUUUAUAUAUGUAUAGUUCCUGGGUAUAUAUGUUAGCCAUAUUGAUCAUGUUGCCUGAAUGAGUCGAUAUUAAAUUUCACUUUUCAGUUUAGGUUGGUUUGUUCUUUGUAGUAGACACUGAAAGCAAGAGUCCUCCUGACUCCUAUGAGACAGGCAUUGUGUUAGGGACAGAUAAUCAGCAGGGGGACAUAGUGACUAUAUUUCCCAAGUGAAGAAAGAGUGAAAAGAAAGAAAAAUAUGUAUUACUGCUCUAGAGAUGAAAAAUCCAUGAGGUUUUUUUUAAUGUGUUAAAUUGUUUUUAAAUAUGAAAUACAUAGCUGUCUCUCUUUUGACAUAUAGAAAUAGGUAACUUGAAAAGCUUUCUAAGAGAAAGGCAAUACUUAAGACUAUUUAAACAAAUAACUUCCUUAAUUUAGAAAUGAGAGCGAUAUGAAUGAACAGCUAAAACUAUGAGGAUCCAAUUUGAUAAACAUUUAUACCUGUUUUCAUUCUAGGAGAAAAACACAGUAGAAGUGUAGAGUAACUCCCUGACGGGCCCUAGAAAGUUACCGAUUCAUUCACUUAAACUGGAGCAUGGCACAUUCCAGUAAUAGAAUCUCAGAUAAGGUGAGAUGAGUUUGGCUCCUUCUGGCAUGUUAGACUUGUGGGUUCUUGCCCAAGUAUACCUGCCUUAUAUAAAUUACAGGACAAUGGUGAAGAUAAAUGACAAGAAAGCCAGGCAAAUCCGAAGUCUUGUAGUUAAAAUAGGUGUCUGCAGAACACACCGGAGUUGUCUGUAGUGUAUGAUGCAAGGAAGCCAAGAUUUAGGUUCUCGAUCCUAGUAGUAAUUUUACUUAUUCUGCAAAACGAAACACAGUUCAAGAGGGCAGAAUGGAGUUGGGGGGAACUGGGCUCGUCCAUAUUCUUUCAGGGGAACAGACAGACAUCCUUGCCUGAGAGUCCCCUGGAAAGGAUGUGGAAGAUGGGAAGGAUCCAGCAUGGUGAUGUAGGAGGCAGAUGGAACAGCAAAGGUGGGAGGUGACUGGAAAGCUUGCCAGCUUCUUCAGAUCUAGUCCCAGUGAAUAAACUAUACCUACUUAUUUGUGAUUCAAUAUAGAAGUUUAAGAGAAUAUGCUAAUUCCAAUCCCUGCAGAUUAUAAUGGAAAGUGCAGUCAAAACCAUCCUCCAUUAAUUCAAAAUGAAUAUGUGAAUCAGUAGUACUGACUCAGGUUUCCUGGGUGGCUAGCAGAUGUAAAUAUGGUUUCUUAUCUGGUAUCACACAAUAAAAUCCUUCCAUUUUGCACA